CAAUCUGGAUAGUGAAAGAAAGAAAUCUCUUCGGUUCUUACUAAUUAAUUGAUGUAAGCAUCAAAUAUGAAGAGUUUCAUUUUGCUUCUACUGUUUCAGUUAACUUUACUCGCCAUUGGUCAGCCACUGAAAAAACUGGUCGAUAUUGAUGCUCCAAACAAAAAUAUCGCACACAGAAGAGCCCAUAGGUACGCUAGAGCAUUGAAACCCGAUCCUCCAACGUGCAGUCUCAACCAAUACUUUGAUGAAGACGAGGGACGUUGUUUAGGCAUAACAGGUGGUGGUAGAGUACUCUACAUAAAUAGUACAAAUUCGUGUGGCAUUAACACUUUGCAGCCUCACUGUACCAACCCCGGGUACUAUUACAUUUGCAAAGAUAAUAAAACAAUUUUGGCCCAAUGCCUCCAAGGACAACAUUUUGAGAGUCGUCUACAAAAAUGCGUCAACAUCGAUCCGAAUAGAUUAAUCUCCUCCACCGUUCAACCAAAUUUAGAAACAUUUGAAUCCAUUCAACUUCCUGAAUGCAAGAAGCCUGGUUCGUUUCCGGUACCAGAUGAUUGCACCUUGUUCUACACUUGUGAAACAAAUGGGCACAGGAUGUUCCACAGUAUCUUCAGUUGUCCAAAAGAUAUGGCAUACAACGUGGAAACAAAAAUGUGCAGCUUCUCAUCCAGCUGUAAAAAGGAAAACUCAGCCGUAUCAUUUUGUACUCCUAUGAUUACGAAAGAAAAGCGAAAUAUUGAAAAAUCUACGAGUACCGAAUCAUUGACUCAUAUUACUGAUUUGGAUGAUACUGAUAAGACAACUACUUACGAAAUACCCACUACGGAAAACUUAGAGGAUUCUGCUAUAACAAAUACCGUUUCUGUAACGACAUAUGAUAAUGACGAACCUACGUCCACUUUUUCCUUUAAUGAUUUCACGUCCACUGAAUUUACAGAAGUAACUGUUCAUGUUGAUUUAACUGCUUCGACAGAACGUGCUUCGAGUACGUUGCAUUCUUUAGAUACCGAAACUUCUACUGCGUAUUCAGCAACAAACGAGCAGGAACUUGUACCUAACGAGGAAAUUAAUCUCUUUACAGAAACUACUACUAUUAUAGACAGUUCACCUGAAACAGAAAAAUCUGUUGAAGGAUCAACUAUUGAAGCUGUUACAGAAACUUCAAUAGUUGACUUAAUAACUUCUAAUACAGAAAUCGGUAUGGUAGUAACAGAAAAAGUUGUCGAAGAAUCCACUGUUGAGGCUACAGAAGUUACCGCUGCUUCAACAAUGGCACCGGCUGAUUUAUCAACUGGUAGCACCGAAAUUCAAACUACAGAAAUGGAAUUUACUGAUUCAGCUGCAAUUACAAAAGUGUCUUUAAACGAAAAUGAAAACAGUAAUGUAUUAUCAACAAUAAGUUUUAACGAUGCAAAUACAGAACCUACAUUUUUACCGACCACUACAAUAUUAACGGCUAAUAAUGUUCAAGAACCGUCAGCUAAUUUUAACACAAACAACGUCUCAAGUCCAUCUACGAUAGUAUCGAAUUCUGAAAACAGUAAGUAAAAAAACGAACCUCUUCAGUUCAGAAUCACAUAAUA